GGUUUAUUUUUAGAUUUCGGGAAAUUCCCUAUUUAUAUUAUCCAAUGAAAAUUAAUCUGCCAUUUCUCACGAGACAUUGUCGUCUGUUUACAUCAACAACAAAAAUGGCAGUUGUUGACACCGGCUCGUCUCAAAAUGUACAGAAACAACGCUUUGCAAGUGUUAACGACGAAAAAUGUCAACAAAUUAUAAGGGAUAAAGACUCGAUGAACACUCAAAAGGCAACUAAAAGAUCAGUAAAGCUAUUUACAAAUUAUCUCGAGGAGAAAGACAUGCCUACUGACAUAGAAAACUAUCCUGUCAAAGAACUUGACAGUGUCCUAUCAAAAUUUUAUGCAGAAGCAAGGAAUAAAAAUGGGGAGCUGUAUAAAACGACAACAUUAAAAAAACACUAGAUACGGGAUUAAUAGAUAUUUAACUGAAAAAAGAGAUAUUGACAUUCUCAAAGACCCGGACUUUAUGAAAUCAAAUAAAAUGUUCAAGGCGAUGUCGGUUCAGCUAAAACGUGAUGGCUUAGGAGGGAUUGAACAUUAUCCACCAAUUGAUGAGGAUCAUAUUAAGACAAUAUAUAGUUCUCUAACACAAAUGGAUCUAGUGUCUCUUCAACACAAGGUUUUUGUUGAUUUAAUGUUGUACUUUGGUCGACGAGGACGGGAAAAUCUCAGAGAUUUAAAAGUAAAGGACUUUGAAUUUUCCAAACAAGGUGGUGGUGACAAAGAACAUAGAUAUAUAAGAAUACAACGGGAUGAACUAACAAAAAAUCACAAGGAAGAUACAAAUACUGCAGUUGGGAAAAUGUAUGAGGUGAAAGAUGAUGUUAAGUGUCCAGUUAGGAGCUUCAUAAAGUAUACAACCAAACUUAACAAAAACUGUGAAUAUUUCUUUCAAAGGCCAAAAACCACCAUAAACGAUGACUUUGUGUGGUACGAUGCGUCGCCAUUAGGACAUAACACCCUGGGUGGUAUGAUGCCAGUGAUAUGUGAAAAAGCAGGUCUUGUGAAAAGAUACACUUACCAUUCACUUCGCGCAACAACUGUUCAUGUUUUGGAUGAGGCUGAUUUUGCCGGAAGGCAUAUUAUGUCAGUAACAGGUCACAAAAGUGAAAGUUCUUUAAAAACAUACACACGGUUUACAUCAGAUCGUGCACUGCAUAACAUGUCAAAUGUUAUUAGUGAAAGUCUUCGGACAGAUGCUACAUCUACAACUUCUUGUGAAAAACCUACUGUAGUUCCUGAUCGUAAUGAAGAAGAAAUGGUCCAAAUUGAAAAUGACACUGACAUUAUUGACUUUAUGCUUUUAUCUGAUUCACAAAUGGAUAAUUUAUGCCAAGAUAUUACUAGUCCUAACUCUUCACAUAGACCGGUGGCUACUUGUGAACAGCAACAACAUGUAAAUGUUAAUAAAACAGCAACAUAUUCAAGCUACCCAUGUAUUAACAAUUUUGGUAAUGGAUAUCCAAAUUAUCCCGUCAUUACAAACAAUUAUGGGAAUAUCAAUAUCAACUACAAUAUUAUUCCAAAGUAAACUGUUUAAUAGACAUUUUAUGUUUAAACAGUGUGUCAAAGAAACUGUGAUUAUUGCAAAUAACAUCUAAAUAUCUGUUUUCAAGUCUGUUCUCUAAUUUUUGCAAAAUUAAAUUUGUGUUGGUAUUAAAAGAUUACUUUUGAUUAUUAUUCUUACAUAAAAACAAACAAGGUAUAUUUCAGAGAGAUAACUUAACUAUUAGCAAAUCACAAAAAUACCCAAUAAAUUGUCAAAAAAACAAUUAAACAUACAUGCACAUAUAUAUAUGGGGUAAA